UGACGUAGCAUCAUAACCUUAAUUCGUGUAUAUAAAGAGCAGGCGCUGCUCGCCAAACGAACCGUGAACCAUCUGGUCUAGAACGCAGCGCUAGCUUCGUCCCCCCACUAUUGUCGAUACUUUCUGUGGAUUUUUUUGAGUCAUUCCUUGCAUAUCCAAGCAUUGGUCGCCUGCAUUCCAAGUUUUACUGCCCAUCUCUGUAUCUAUUAGGGCGACAUUUGCAUUUUAAUUCCUUGCAUCUGUAAAUUCUCUCAUUCUUUUUACUAUAUACACAGUUUUCGCUCAUUAUGAAGGCUUCUACGACGUUUACAUUCCUCCUCUCUCUUCUUGCCGGCUUCGCGGUCUCUCAAGCCACGAACAGCACUGCAGAAUACCCCAUUGUCAUCAAGGGUAACGCCUUCAUCAACUCCCAAACGAAGGAGCGUUUUUAUGUUCGCGGUGUCGAUUAUCAGCCUGGCGGCUCUUCCGCCCUCGUUGAUCCGUUGGCCGAUACAACCAUCUGCAAGCGUGAUAUUCCCUACUUGCAGGCGCUUAACGUCAACACGAUCCGUGUUUACCAAGUCGACAACUCGGCCAACCAUGACGAGUGUAUGGACGCCUUGAAGGAGGCCGGUAUCUACCUUAUUCUCGACCUGAACACCGUGAAGAACUCCAUCUCGCGUCUUGACGCUGCAUCCUCCUACAAUGCCGUCUACCUCCAAGGCAUCUUCGCUACCGUUGACGCGUUCAAGGGCUACGACAACGUCCUUGGUUUCUUCGCUGGCAAUGAGGUUGCCAACACCGUUGAGAACGCUAUUACGACUACGUGGGUGAAGGCCGCUCUUCGCGAUGUAAAGGCUUACAUCAAGGCCCAGAGUGACCGUCAAAUCCCUGUUGGCUAUUCCGCUGCCGAUGUGGCCGAGUUCCGUGUCCCCUGUGCCGACUUCUUCGCCUGCGGCGACGAUGACGACCGUGCCGACUUUUACGGCAUGAACAUGUACGAAUGGUGCGGUUCGUCUAGUAUGUCCGUUUCCGGUUUUGAUCAGCGUGUGAAGGAGUUCUCCAACUACACGAUCCCCCUCAUUCUCUCCGAGUUUGGCUGUAACGAUGUGACGAAGGACAGCGACGGCACUCCCGAGCGCCCCUUCACCGAAAUUGAUGCCAUCUUUUCCACACAGAUGUCUUCUGUGUUUUCUGGUGGUCUUGUGUACGAGUACUCGGAAGAGGGCUCGAACUACGGUUUGGUCGUUGUGAACGGCAGCACCGUCACCACCAGCAAGAACUACGACACUCUGAAGGAGAAGUUCUCUUCUGCCUCUUCCUUCAGCGGUGACGGUGGUUACAACUCUACCACCGGCUCUCUCACCUGCCCUGCCAACCAAACGAACUGGAAGAGCUGGAGCACUUUGCCUUCCAUGCCCUCGAAGGCCGAGCAAUUCAUUAAGAGCGGUGCUGGCCAGCCUCUUGGCCUGAACGCUCCUAGUAACCAGCUGUACGCCGCUGAUUCUGAUGCUCUUGUUUCUGCUGGUGCCCACACAACUACGACGACUCUCCCCUCGUCCGUGAUGGACAACACUGUCGCCGUCUCUACCCCUGGCUCCAAGUCUUCCUCUGGAAGCGGCUCUGCUUCCACCACUGGCAGUUCUUCCGCCUCGGCUACUGGCUCCGCAUCUGGUUCCUUGAGCACUGUGACCGCUUCUUCUGCUCACUCUGCCUCUUCUACUUCUUACUCCGGCAGCAGCUCUUCCUCUUCUGUCACCUCUGGUGUCGCUUCGAACCUGGUUGCUCUUCCCUCUGUUUUGGCAGUUGCUCUUGUUUCUGCUAUUGCAGCCUUCCUCACUUUGUAAGAAGUAGGAAGUCUCAGCCAUAUCGGUAGCAACAACAGCAGCAGCAGUGACGACAACAACAGCAGUGUAAUCCACUAAUGGACAACCCACAAUCUUUCAUAUACCGUCGUGUGUCUCCAGACAUGCCGGUUUUGCUUUCCUUUUUUUGUUUUUGUAUCCUGUUCGUUCUUUUCCUUUACUUUCUCUGCACUUGUUUUUUCCGUAGCAUCUUUCCAUUAGUGAAUUCCAAUGUUUUGUUUCUCAUA